AUGGACCUGACCUACUGUGACAGAGAAAUGCUGAGGCUUGCUGAGGUCAGUUCGGCGAUUCUGGCGAAGCAGGGUGUCACUGUAAAGAGUAAAGAGAAUAAAGAGAUUAAAGAGUGUAAAGAGAGCAUAGAGUGUAAAGAGACUAAAGAGAGUAUAGAGUGUAAAGAGACUAAAAAGUGUAAAGAGAGUAAAGAGUGUAAAGAGAGUCUAGAGAGUAAAGAGACUAAAAAGAGUAAAGAGGAUAAAGAGAGUGAAGGUAGUAAAGAGAGCAAAGAGAAUAAAGAGAGUAAAGGAAGUAAAGAGAGUAGAGAGAGUAAAGAGUGUAAAGCGAGUAAAGAGAGUAGUGAGUGCAAAGAGAGUAUAGAGAGUAAAGAUAGUGAAGAGAGUAAAGAUAGUAAAGAGAGUAAUGAGAGUGAAGAGAGUAAAGAGAGUACAGUGAGUAUAGAGUGUAAAGAGACUAAAGAGUGUAAAGAGAGUGAAGAGUGUAAAGAGAGUAAAGAGAGUAUAGAGAGUAUAGAUAGUAAAGAGACUAAAGAGAGUAAAGAGAGUGAAGAGAGUCAAGAGAAUAAAGAGAGUAAAGAGUGUAAAGAGAGUGAAGAGUGUAAAGAGAGUAAAGAGAGUAUAGAUAGUAAAGAGACUAAAGAGAGUAAAGAGAGUGAAGAGAGUCAAGAGAAUAAAGAGAGUAAAGAGUGUAAAGAGAGUAUAAAGUGUAAAGAGACUAAAGAGUGUAAAGAGAGUAUAGAGAGUAAAGAGACUAAAGAGAGUAAAGAGAGUGAAGAAAGUCAAGAGAAUAAAGAGUGUAAAGAGAGUAUAAAGUGUAAAGAGACUAAAGAGAGUAUAGAGAGUAAAGAGACUAAAAAGAGUAAAGAGGGUAAAGAGAGUGAAGAUAGUAAAGAGAGCAAAGAGAAUAAAGAGAGUAAAGGAAGUAAAGUGAGUAGAGAGAGUAAAGAGUGUGAAGCGAGUAAAGAGAGUAAAGAGAGAAAAGAGAGAAGAGAGAGUAAUAGUAAAGAGAGCAAAGAGAAUAAAGAGAGUAAAGGAAGUAAAGAGAGUAGAGAGAGUAAAGAGUGUAAAGCGAGUAAAGAGAGUAGUGAGUGCAAAGAGAGUAUAGAGAGUAAAGAUAGUGAAGAGAGUAAAGAUAGUAAAGAGAGUAAUGAGAGUGAAGAGAGUAAAGAGAGUACAGUGAGUAUAGAGUGUAAAGAGACUAAAGAGUGUAAAGAGAGUGAAGAUAAAGAGACUAAAGAGAGUAAAGAGAGUGAAGAGAGUCAAGAGAAUAAAGAGAGUAAAGAGUGUAAAGAGAGUAUAAAGUGUAAAGAGACUAAAGAGUGUAAAGAGAGUAAAGAGUGUAAAGAGAGUAAAGAGAGUAUAGAGAGUAAAGAGACUAAAGAGAGUAAAGAGAGUGAAGAAAGUCAAGAGAAUAAAGAGAGUAAAGAGUGUAAAGAGAGUAUAAAGUGUAAAGAGACUAAAGAGAGUAUAGAGAGUAAAGAGACUAAAAAGAGUAAAGAGGGUAAAGAGAGUGAAGAUAGUAAAGAGAGCAAAGAGUAUAAAGUGAGUAAAGGAAGUAAAGUGAGUAGAGAGAGUAAAGAGUGUGAAGCGAGUAAAGAGAGUAAAGAGAGAAAAGAGAGAAGAGAGAGUAGUGAGUGCAAAGAGAGUAUAGAGAGUAAAGAGAGUAAAGAUAGUGAAGAGAGUGAAGAUAGUAAAGAGAGUAAUGAGAGUGAAGAGAGUAAAGUGAGUAUAGAGUGUAAAGAGACUAAAGAGAGUAUAGAGUGUAAAGAGACUAAAGAGUGUAAAGAGAGUAAAGAGAGUAUAGAGAGUAAAGAGAGUAAAAAGAGUAAAGGGAGUACAGAGAACUCGUUCCGGGUGUCAUGCGCCGAGUCUGCCUCUGGUAUCUGCGACCACGGUUGUCGUGACUGCCCGAACUCCACCGUCUGCUCGAACUACAGCCAACACCACAAGAUAUCCAAGGAAAAUCCUUGUGUAAACUAA